AUGAAUUCAAAAAGCAAUUGCCACAUCGGGCUUCCAUAUCGAAUUGGUACUAAUUUGAGUACAGGUAAUAUUGAAACGCUACAGAGGAAUUUGGAAAUCAUUUCCACCGACCUGAAAAACACAGACAUUAAUAUAGGUAUGACAAUGAACCAUCCGCCGACACAUAUUAGUGACCUGCAGACGCCUUGUUUACUUGUGGAUAUUGACAAGGUCAAAAGGAACUGUUCGCGAAUGACCCAGCGAUACAAAGAAUUGGGUGUAGAACUUCGGCCCCAUAUGAAAACUCAUAAAACAAUAGAGGGUGCAGAUUUGAUGACGAAUGGAACCCGCAAGAAAAUUGUAGUGUCCACCCUGGCAGAGGCCGAGUUUUUUGCUAGUCAUGGCUACGACGACAUUAUCUAUGGCAAGCCUGUCAGUGAAUCACAGUUGUCAAGAUGCAAGAAGCUGCACGAGAAAUGUACUCAGUUUCAUCUGAUGUUUGACAAUGAAGAGACGAUAUCUGCAUUAGAAAGAAACCCUCUAGGGAACAAAGCCUGGUCUGUGUUUUUGGAAGUAGACAUAGGGGGCAAUAGAACUGGCGUAUUGUGGGACAGCGAUCGGGUUGUUGAAUUAGCCAGGUUAGCGACGAAUGCCAAGAAUGUGGAUUUUCUGGGUAUCUAUACACAUAACCCGAUGUCCUAUUCCCUGACGUCUGAUAAAGCUGUGAGAAACCAGGCGGAGACAGAUACUAAAAGAAUUCUCAGUGUCUGUGAUAGAAUUCGACAAGCCGGUUUUCAAGUUGUGACUGUGGGCCUCGGGGACACGCCUUGCUGUUCUGUUUCGGACGUCACCAUGGCAAAGCUCACCGAAGUACAUCCCGGAAAUUAUAUAUUUUACGACACCCAGCAAUAUAGAAUUGGCUCCUGUGAGUUCGACGACAUCGCAGUCCGGGUGGCUGCACGCGUCAUCAGCCAUAGACCAGAGACCAAUCAGAUCGUGUUGGACAGUGGCUUCGUGGCCUUGAGUCACGACGGAACCUACUGCAAUCUACCGGACGGCGUCGCUGUGUUCCAGGACCAUUCCGAAUUGAAAUUGGUAAACAUGUCACAGGAACAUGGAUGUGUCAGUGUCAAGAGUGGUAAAAUAGACUGCACUGCGUAUCCACUGGGAUCUAUGCUAUUCAUCUACCCAUACCAUGCGUGCGCAACUGCAGCGAAUCACCCUGUUUAUUACGUUCACUCUGGGGACAGCGUGAUUGGUGUUUGGAAACCUGUCAAAGGAUGGUGAGAGAGAGCAGCAAAAACACGGGAGAGGGCUAUUGUGUAUAUUUUGUAUUGGUGAAUAGAUAUAUAUUACAUUAUUUGGAUAAUAAAGAUACAGAUCGUG